UCCCUCACAUCACCAUCACCUCCUUCCCUCACUCAUCUCCCCUGGUGCUUCAGGGUUCCCCUUCUCCUUAAACAAGAUGUCUCACCAGAAAAAGCAGCCCACUCCCUGUCCUCCUGUGAGUUGUGGAAAGUCGUCUGGUGGAGGAGGCGGCGGCGGCGGCGGUGGCGGCGGCUAUUGUAGCGGCGGUGGUAGCGGGGGCGGCUCCAGCUGUGGAGGUGGCUCAUCUGGAGGAGGUUCUAGCUGCGGAGGCGGUGGCGGCGGUUCCUACGGAGGUGGCUCCAGCUGCGGCGGCGGAGGCGGCUCCGGUGGGGGCGUCAAGUACUCCGGUGGCGGCGGUGGCUCUAGCUGCGGAGGCGGCUACUCCGGUGGCGGCGGUGGCUCUAGCUGCGGCGGCGGCUACUCCGGAGGCGGAGGCGGCGGAUCCAGCUGUGGCGGUGGCUACUCCGGGGGCGGCGGCUACUCCGGGGGUGGUUCCAGCUGUGGAGGAGGCGGAGGCUCCAGUGGGGGCGUUAAGUACUCCGGUGGCGGCGGAGGCGGCUCCAGCUGCGGAGGCGGCUACUCCGGCGGGGGCGGCGGCGGCGGAGGCUGCGGAGGCGGCUACUCCGGAGGCGGCGGCGGCGGCGGCGGCUCCAGCUGCGGAGGCGGCUCCUCUGGGGGCGGAUCUGGAGGUGGCAAAGGUGUGCCAGUCUGCCACCAGACCCAGCAGAAGCAGGCGCCUUCCUGGCCUUGCAAGUAAGGUCACCGGGCUGCAACGGAGACAACAGAGUUGGAAGAGUUCUCCGUGGGCGCCUAUAGGCUUAAAUGUCUCAUGAAUUUGCCUGAGGUUUCCAAACCCUUCACAUUUUAAGCUCACCCCCAACCCCACCCCCAGAAGAAACCACCGAGUUGCUCAAGGUGUUUAAUCUUGUGCAGAUUUUUCUUCUUGGUUUCUGAAUGACUACCUCCCAAUUCCAGUGCCUCUUCAGUCAAUAAAUUUGCAAUUCAUGAGAA